AUGGUCCAUGCGCGAGCGGCACAAGAGGCGGCUCCCCAACCGGAGCCCGAGCCGGAACAAGGAAGCCUGGCCACCACUUUCGCCGUAUGCCAGGGAGUCCUGUUUGGCGUGUUGGCGCGGGUCGUGCAGUACCGCUCGGCCGUGACCGCGCUGUUGAGCGGCAGCAAUGCCCACUACCGGGGCCUGGCCGCUGCGUUGAUCGGUGACGCGAGGCUGGCCGUGCAGGAGACCAAACAGUUGUGGCGCGAAGACGGCGUGCAUGUUUGUCAACCUAUGGUCGACCAGGUGUUGGGCGUCAGCGAAAAGGACAUUGAGGAAAGGACUCUCCGUUUCCACCUCAGGAAGGUGGCGCUGGUGGACCGUGUGCUCAAGGGCAAGGACCACUUCUACGCUUCUUUUCCUUCGUCGACCUUGAUGGGCCUGCUGCUGUAUGGCAGUGAUGCUCUGCGCGCCAAAGUGCUGCAUUGGCACAAGGCGACGUUCUUCCCCGAUUUCAUGCCUCGUGGCGACGCCAGCGACGACGAAGCCGACAUUGGCAGCGAGGAGGAAGAGGAGGAGGUCUUUGAGGAACCAUCAACUGCCCGGCGUGUGGCCUACGUGGCCAGCACCACGCUGGCGUUUGCGACGGUGUGCAGUUUGACCGCCAUUUGCACGAACCCGCUCGACGCCGUUUCUCUGCGCAUGGCGAGCCUGCCUCAUGUCUAUGGACCUCUCGGCACUCUAGGGACACUCAGCGCAGUUUACAGGCAAGAGGGUGUGUGGGGCUUUUACCACGGCCUGCUGCCCUCCAUCAUCUCCCACUGUGGUUUAAGCUGUCUGGGCCUCGAGGAAGAAGCCAACACAGGCCACGUCGCCCUGUAG